GCGCAUACAUACCGUUAUGUAAACACCCCACAUGAAUUCUGUCACUCACACACACAAACACACACUCCUGUCAUGAGGUAAGCUCCUCUCGUCACUCGCUCUUUAUUAAUACAGGAUUACAUUUACACUCAAUCCCAAACUCACACACACACUCCACGCGCUCCUCACAAAAGUACACGCACUGUCUGCCGGGGACCCUUAAAAGGUAGCAAGGCAGGCAGGUAGCUGUGUGACGCCAGCUGGAGUUGGAGGAGUUUCAUCCUUUUGUGAGUGUCACGAACCCAUGGAGACCUGCUGACAGAGACUUUACUAGACCACAGGUGGAUUUCUGUCAGGCAAGAAUACACUGCAGUUUUGUAAAUCCAGUUUCAUGAAGAUGUUUCCUUGGUCCGCUGUUUUCUCUCUUGAGCCCAAAGUGCCCGGCCAGCGCACCUCUGAGGAGCUGGUGACCAAUACCCUGAUGCUGGAGCUGGGGGCCAUGGUGAAACGCACUGAACGCAUCCGUUUAGAGAGAGCGACAGAGGGUCGGCGCCGCCGUCGCAGCUCCUCCUCUGCGGCCGACUACAGCUGGCUGGCCAACACCCCAACCCCUCAGCCCUACGAGCUGACGCCCAACGACCUGCUGGAGCUGCAGGACCUCUGUGCCAAGAUCCCCCCUGCACAGUGUGGCCCUGUGAUUGUCAGGUUCAGGAGGCUGGUGUCGCAGAUGGAGCCCGAGGUGCACGAGGUUCCCCGGCUGUUUCGCACAGUACUCCGCGACUGCGUGGACGAGGUCAACGGAAACGAAGAUGUCCAGACGCAGGAUACAGUGAUUGAGAAGCAGCAGCGCAGCAAGAGCCUCUCCUUUGUCACUUUCCGCACAAAGUUUCGCACAGGGCAGUUCUUCAAGGGCAGUGGCAUAAGAGGCUCCAGGGGGAAUCUGCAGCAGCAGGUGGAUUGGUCUGACGAGGAGGAUGAUGCAGAAGGAGAGGAGGAGGCCAUCAAGGCCAGGGCGAGGAAGGGAAGGAGCAGGAGCAUGCCAGAGAUUACCCCUCUGGAGCAAAGUGCCCAGGCGUGAGAGAGAGGGAGAGUCAGGGGAAUGGGAACCUGUAAAGGAGUUUGGGCAGGGGGAGACAAUUGAGUCAUUGGAGGGAGAGAAAGUAGCCUCAGUUGUAGAGGGUCAGCUUAAAUAUGGGGAGGAAAGAAAAACAGACAAUAUUAGGGAAGAAAUUAAGGCAGCAUUCAGGGAAAAGGGGGUCACAAUAAAGAGUUGUUGAGAAAUUUCACUAAAAACCACAAAUGUGAACCUUGUAGUGGCACUGGAUAAAAAGUCAGAGAAUGUCAGUAGGAUUCAUUGUCUGUGGACUAGAGAUGUCUGGACAGAAUUUCACAACAGUCCCUCCAAUAUUUGUUCAUAAAUUUCAGUCUCUGCCAAAGUAGUGAGCCGACCGACAGAAACUACAAUCCCUAGAGCUGUGUCGCUAACGUAGAUAAAAACAAAAAUGAGUAAAAUCUCUUGCAUUAACCUUCACAUGCUUUAGGUAUCUUUAAGACCAAACAAAUGAUGCUCUCUGAGCACCAGCUCCUAAUCAAUCAUAAACACAUCUCAUGAACUGUUCCUUUAAAAACAUGUUAUGCAACAGACAGGACAGCAGUAGAUGAGGGGAAGUUCAGUUCAGACCACGCCUCUGGAGAUUCAGCAGCCAACUUGGCUCUGGGUCACCAGCUCAGUUAGCAGACCGUGCUCUCAUAGUGCAUCCGUUUAAAGCAAAUCCUUGCAAAAAGGGAAUGACUAGAAUCAUCUGUAAACCCUAUUUUUUAUUGUGAAUAUAAAAUGUACUGGGGGAAACAAAUGUUCUUGUCACUUCUAUGUGAUUAAAACAUUGCUUUUUCACA